AUGUCGAUCAAGACCAGAAUAACGGAGGUCUACUUGCCCAUGGUGAAAAUGCGAUGUAGUGAUCUUUUUGAGAAAAUGAAGGAAUAUUAUCAUAAAGGUCUUGAACGUUCAAAACAUGCUUACAGCUGCACGUCGACAAAAAUACGUCUGUGGUGGGGAGAUUUUCAACUAACCACAACUGGUCGUCGUUUACGUCGACUGACGAAGUCGCCAAACAUGCUACUUCGCAUAGGUUUAAUUACACUGGCUUUAGUAAUCUUUUAUUUAUGGGCGAGCGGGUCGACGAAUGAUCAUCAAAUGGGCUAUAUUGUCAACGCCGAGAAUCAACAGUUGUCGUAUGUCUAUCCACGUGUCUUUAACAAUCCGGAACGUGAUUUAUUUAUGAUUGGUACGUUUCCGGAGGACUUUUUAUGGGGAGUAGCUACGUCAUCGUACCAAAUUGAAGGGUCCGGUGAUGUGCAUGGUUUUUCGGGUAAAGGGGACAGCAUUUGGGACACGUUCACUCAUCGCCCUGGUAACGUCUACAACAACGAAAACGGCGAUAUCGCAUGUGAUAGCUACAACAAGUGGCAUGAGGAUAUAGAGAUGUUGGAGUAUCUUGGAGUACAGGUUUACCGCUUUUCAAUCAGUUGGCCGAGGAUAAUGCCUGACGGUACGCUAUCUGUGGUUAACGAGGCUGGUAUCGCUUAUUAUAACCGCUUGAUUAAUGCUCUGUUAGAAGCAGGUAUCACGCCGGUUGUAACCUUGUACCAUUGGGAUCUUCCACAGGCCCUGCACGAUAAAUACGGCGGGUGGAUGGAUGAGCAGAUAAUACGAGAUUUUAACUCAUAUGCCAGACUUUGCUUUGAACGGUUUGGUGAUCGGGUGAAAACGUGGAUCACUAUCAACGAACCCUGGGUGAUAACACAGUUGGGUUAUGGAAGUGGUGCUCACGCCCCGGGGAUAGCUGAUGAUGGAUUUACUACGUAUAUUGUAGCACACAAUUUGAUCAAAGCACACGCAAAAGUAUGGCACACCUACGAUGACGAAUUCAGGCACAACCAACAGGGUAGAAUCGGAAUCACUCUGAACUCUGACUGGGUCGAAGCAGCGGAUCCUUUCGUUGCGAACCGUAUGCUACAGUUCUCGAUUGGAUGGUUUGCUCACCCGAUCUACGUAAACGGUGACUACCCAGAGGUUAUGAAAACCGUAAUUCUCGAGAAAAGCCGGAUACAAGGCAUGAAUGACUCAAGCAGACUGCCUGAAUUCACAUCGGUCGAAAGCGAAUUCAUCCGGGGAACUUCUGACUUCUUUGGACUUAAUCACUAUACAACGGUGUAUGCUACGGAAAUGCCGGAUGACGCAGACGCGACGCCGGGAUGGGAGCAAGACGUUAAUCUGGAUAAGUGGUACAGACACAAUUGGCCUGGAUCAGCGUCGCCAUGGCUUAAGGCCGUACCGUGGGGAAUGAGGAGAAUGUUGGAGUGGAUUAAAAUGGAGUACAACGACCCCAAAAUAUUCAUCACCGAAAACGGCUACUCUACUAGUGAUGCGAACGAAUUAAUAAAUGACCAAAAUCGCAUGAAUUACAUAAUGGCUUACGUGGACGAAGUAUUGAAAGCAAUUGAAUUAGAUCAAGUAAACGUUAUAGGCUACUGUGCAUGGUCACUGAUGGAUAACUUCGAGUGGGCAGCUGGAUACAGCGAGAGAUUUGGUCUAUAUUACGUCGACUUCAACGACGAGGAUCGACCAAGGUACAAGAAAGAGUCUGCUAUAUUUUACUCUCAACUCGUUCAUAACAAUGGUUUUGUAAAUUCUCUGUCAGUGGUGACGUCAUCUUCGAUAUUUGUACUACUUACCGCGCAGCUAGCCGUGAUUAUGUCCACCUGCUUGUGUAGAUAGGAUUAACUAUGAAUCAAUAGUGUGACGUCAUGUGUCGAGGAGAAUUAUGGGAUUAACAAUGCACUAGAACAAUUUAUACCAAGGUAGUUCAAUUGCCGAUAAAAAACGACGAAGGCAACAAUAAUCGUGAAACGAUAAUUAUAGUCGCCCGCGGCCCUGAGAUAUCACUGUCCGGAAAUUGAGUAACGACCGACUCGUUGGCGUGUGUUCAAGGACCACAGACUGAAUCCCGGACUUAGUGAAUGGCCGAUGAUUUAGAUUUAUUAAAGAAAAAUAUAGACAAAUACAUAUAUUUUUUAAUUUUGUUGUUUCACCAAAUUGAAUUAUGAUUCACCGUAAACUGAAAAUAAAGCUUUUGCAGUACACACAAUAUCAAGCGUUAGAUUAACAAAGAAACUAAUAUGUGCAGUGAUUGUCAUAGUACCAAAUUAAUCAAUGCGCAUGCGUAGUAAAGAAUUUAAUUGUUUCAUUGAAGGAAUAUUUAGUUGUGUGUUACAACGUUUUUAGUUUAUGAUAAAUCAUAAUCUAAUGUAUUUAUCAAUACACAGUAUCAAACAAAAAUAUUAAAAAUAAAAAAAUGUUAGGAACCUUA